AUUUCUAAUCACAGGUUUAUAGUGAUAGCAUGUUCCUAUUGCGCAGAGUACAACCAAGUAUACAAGAUGAUUAAAAAAUCUCGUCGCUACAAGGCUUACGUACGUCGGGGUCGUGCUUAUAAUGGUUCUAGCGUUCUAGUUUCUUCUUUAGAUUAUAUUAUACGCGAACAACGUCGUUUAAAGGCUAAAGAGAAAGAGGCCGAAGCCUUGCUG